GAUGAUCCUACAAUGCAGAUUAAACGAAAUCACAACUUGUGACAGCGAACUCUCGUUAGGUUUUUCAUUUUAUUGGUUUUUGGUCGUUGGUGUGUUUGUAUUUGUAGUUGUUAGUUUGUGUCAGGUGCUUCAAAAAUGUCCAAAUCUCCACCGACUAGUGUUGCUGCUUCGCCGAAAGAGUUACAGGUCCAAAACCUUCAACCUAAUCAGCCCCCAUAACGCCUUCACUGAGUUUACGAGGCACUCUCGAGCUAUAGGCUUGCCUUACACGACGUGAGGGGCAGCGGGGUUUUUUUCAUAGGGGACUGGAUAUCCUCUCUCGCUCUCCCUGAAGAAGGUUGCCUUGCCGGGAAUCGAAUCCGGAACCUCCUAGUCUUAGAGCCAGUGCUACAGCCGCUGAGUACACCACAGGAGGCUGACAAUUGUCUUUUGGCGGACUUGGCAAUCAACAACUUUAGUUCAGAGAAAAUGGCGCCUCUACCAGGACAAUGCUCGUGAGGAUGAAGCGAAGUCCAGCCCGAACUAUGUCAAUCAGUGGCUACUUGCCGAAUGGCGGCCUCUCCUAUGCCAGCACGGACCUAAUGUACCCCUCCUACAGCUCCAUGGGGUACUCAGGCGGAAUGGGCAUGUGGCCGUAUUCAAGUCAACCCAAAGUGCCGAGCAAAGACCUGGAGCCGCCCUCGAGGUCUGACACCUACGGCCCAGAUGAAAGUACCCUUGGUGUAGGUGAAAGCGAGCCGUCAUGGCCGGAGAAGGACCCAACAUCCCCUCCUGCCGGCAGCAACGGGAUGACCUCGUGGGCUCCCAAGAAAAGCAAGAAGAAACAGUGGUUCCAGAAAAUCAGCCCACCUACCACCGCUGACGAGGACGCCGAGGAGGGAUACUUCGAUAAAAAUGAUGGUGCCGCGAAAGCUCAUGCCUCAUUCAACGCGUGGUUCCCCAUCAUGCUUGGAGUUCUCCCCCCUUACGGCCAAGGCGGCGGCGCCCCGGAGGGGUCUCAGAGGGGUGGCUACCCAUCCUCAUCUCCCUCCCAUGGAUCUCCCUCUCACGGAUCUCCCUCCCACGGAUCCCCCUCCCACGGUUCUCCCUCCCAUGGAUCCCCCUCCUACGAACCUCCCUCUCACGGGUCUGGUUCUCACGGCUCCCAAGGCGGAACUGGCUCACACUCUCAGUCACCUCUGCAUCGAUACUACAGCACAACGGUCAUCGCCAACAGCGUGAACAAUGGUCGUAGCGGGAUCGCGUCCAGCACGGCAACCGCCUACGGUGGAGAACAAUCCCAACCCCAAUCACAACAAAGAUACAGUGCUUGAAUCUCGGCAACCUUUGUCCCGGAAAAAUGAGGGUCGUUGGAUGAUGAAUGUACGGUGGAUCUUCAGAACUUCAGGGAACGAUUCGAUAUUAGACCGAUUAAUUGACAAUUUCUGGGUUUUAGGAAAUUUCUUAAUAAUUUCUGAGCAUCGAAUCACGCUGUGAUGUACGUCAGGUAUUUGAACUUAAAAUUUGACCAUAAACACUUCGAUACGACUCCGGAAGUACGUCCUGAGUUAAAAUCACAAAUCGUUCUGCCUUUCGAUUUGUGAUAUUCACUCAAGACGUAGGUAUUUUUAAAGAUGUUUCAAAAGUUUUCUUGAUCGAAGGUUGUGAACAAAUACUUGAUGCAAUUCCCCUCUUUGCACCUCCCUCCUCCUUCAGCUCGUAAGUUUGGGUAUGUAAGGAAGUUACAUAGUUCGCUUUGACCUAGAAACAUCGCCUCCAUGCAUUGGAGAAACUUUAAACAGGAUGUGGGAGGAGGGAAUUUUGAGACAACCUGUACAGAGGUAAUACAAAAUCACAUUAGUUCCUGCUUUACUCUCUGAGUAGUGCUGCGUCGUUCAAAUUUUUUUUUGAUUUUUUAAUUUUUUUUCCUAGUUAUUUUUGAGUAUUCAGUGUGGAAACAUCAGAGGCAAUUCAAUUUUUGUCGCCAAAAUUUUUUGUUGGGUUUUCGUUUUAAGUUGUUGGCAUGUGUUUUAAUUGUGAGAUCCUCAGUAUAUCUAAGUCUUAUUGCAAUUAGUAUAUUUGCCCUAUUUCUGCUCUAAUAAAUGAAAUAUUGAAAGAACUGUGAAUGGUCAUGAUGUAGUGGUUAAGUUCGUUUUUAAUGUGCCUAAUUUUUGUAUUUAAUGAUGCAAUAUCGAAUCUUGAAGUGUUUUGUCUUCAAUUAUAAAAAUGUAAAAUAUUGUCACUUAAUCAGUUGAAACUCCAAAGUCAGACUUCUGACUAUCAUCAAUGAAUGGUAGGAUAAGAACAUUCUGUAUUAUAAUAAAUGUUUUCAUUGAUCAAAGUAAAACGUAAAAUUUCAAUAAGGUA